AUGCCUGAACAAAUCCUUGCGGGAAAAACAUGUCUCGUCACCGGCGGUGGCGGCGGCCUAGGCAAAGCAAUUGCAACCCAAUUCCUGGAAGCUGGCGCCAGUGUCGUAAUUUGCGACGUGAACGAGGAACGUCUACAGAAGACCUCGGCUGAACUUGGAGAACCUUUUGAAACGCUGAUUGGCGAAUUCGGCAAAAUUGAUGUCCUGGUCAACAACGCCGGCAUCAUGGACCACUUCGACCCAAUCGGCGAUCUGGACAUGGAGUUUUGGGAUCGCGUCAUGGCGAUUAAUCUCACUGCUCCGGCUCUACUGAGCAAAUUGGCAGUUCGUAACAUGCUGGCGCAGCCGAAGCCAGAUGGACGUAUUAUUAAUAUUGUUUCUGUUGCUGGAAAGGCUGGAUGGGCUGGUGGUGCUGCCUAUACUACCAGCAAGCACGGUCUUGUCGGAUUGACCAAGAACAUUGCUGCGUACUAUGGCAACAAGGGCAUCAAGUGCAACGCUUUGAUGAUGGGUGGCAUGGAAACCAACAUUGUUGAUGCUUUCAGCGCCGGGAUGCAUACGGAGGGUUAUGAGAAGAUGAUAAAUGUCUACGAUUCUAUUCAAGCUCCCUACGUCGAUGUGAAUGAAGCUGCUGGGUUCUGUGUGAACAUGACAUAUGGAAAGGGCGCCGGUCAGAUCAACGGCGCGACUAUCGCUAUUGAUAAUGGCUGGAGUUCUGUCGUUGGGUAG